AUGGAACAUGGGGAAGUUCUAGCAGAUUGCAUGGGAACCCAAGAGGCACAUUCAUCUCCUUCAACCCCUGAAUGCGUACACGAGGUCUUCCUGAAUUUUAGGGGCGAGGACACCCGCGAUGGGUUUACGAAAUAUUUUUACACUGCUUUGAAAAAGAAAGGAAUCAAUACAUUUCUGGAUGACGAUAAACUUGAGAGGGGAAAGGCCAUUAAACCAGAACUCUUAAAAGCAAUUGAGGAAUCUAGGUUGGCAGUCGUCAUUCUUUCAUGUGACUAUGCUUCUUCAGCGUGGUGUUUGGAUGAGCUUGCCCAUAUUGGAAAGUGCAAUGAAGACAAGCGGCUUCAAAUUUAUCCGGUUUUCUAUUACGUUGAACCAUCUGAGGUAAGAAAGCAAUAG